GUCGAGAUAAUAAGGUGCGAGAGUGAAGGAGAGAGAGAAAAGGGAUGGAAAAGAGGUGUGUGUUGUGGAAGGGGGGACUUGUAAAGCAUAUAUAGACACCUCAUCCUUAGCAUUAACAUACUCAUCCGGCUCACUCAAACACACACUCGCUUUAAAUCACAUCCCUGCGCACAGAGGGAGGAAGACAGCGGAGAGGGAAAGACAGGGAUGCUCUUAGCAGGUGCCAAAAACUGAGUCGAGAGAGAAAGAGGGAUGGAGGACUAAAGCGUUCAGUCUGGUUUUAAAAGCUCCUCGAACUAUUAUUGAAUGUAGUUUUCUGUUUGUAUUUCCAUGCUUCUCUCUCCUUUAUCUGUGUUCAUCUAAAUCUGUUCAUCUAAAUCUAUCCAUACCGACCCCGCAUUAGAGGUGUAUUCGGGAUCAACAUCGCUUGCACCAUGCUGUGCUCCUCUGUAUUUGUGGGGCUCCUAGUUCUCCUGGCCAAUCCGGUGCCGGGCCACACCCGAACCCUUCACGCCCCUGACAAAGCCAUGCAGGUCAUCGAGCAGUUCCUCGAGCGCUACAAUGACCUUUUGACCCUUGAUGAUCUUGAGAACCUCACGAGCGACCAAUCGGAAGAGCCCAUGCAGACCUUCAGCUCUGGGCUAAAGGUGGCAGAAUACCCCAAGUGGAUUGACAUACCUGUGCAGAGAGAGAACGCCUGGCUCCGCCUCUUAAAGGGGGCUUUGGCCAAUCAGAAGCGAGCUCCACCGGACCGGUUGCGGAGGGGUUGGAACCGAGGCUGUUUUGGUCUGAAACUGGACCGGAUCGGUUCUAUGAGCGGCCUCGGCUGCUAAUAAUGAACUGAGAGGUGGACCGAGACGAUGAGACGACUGUUAGCUUUAGGUAUAGGUCUGGUUUGGGACUCAUCAUAUUGUGUAUUUCAAUAUAAUUAUUUUUACAUGGGAUUUGAAGUGACAUGUCUUUUAACUGUAUUUGUAUUUAUUUCUUAACGAAGGUAGUAGUGUUUCUGGUUCCUUGAGAUGUAGAUGAGAUACAAUCAUUUUGAUAAUCUGCUAGUAGCUUACUAGUAAGUGAAGAUCUUAAAGUAACGUCUCAAAUAGUCUCAAAAUGCAUGAUUUAUAGAACUUAUACUGCUCACCUUCUGUAGUUUUUGCAUGAAUAAAAUUUCCUCCAUGUCAUGGUU